AUGUCCCCUCCAACUCCUGCACCAGAUGUGGUAAAUACUCCUCCAGUAAUAACUCUCGGUGGCACGUAUACGAUUCAGGCGGUUUCUGUAGGAUGCAAAGUCUAUAUUACCCGCCUAGGCCCCAACGGGGUGAAGGAGGAAAGAUUGGCCGAAAUUUUGUCGAUUCGUGACAAGCCCGUUAACCCUUACAGUCGUCGUACUAUACCCAAGGAAGAAGAGGCAGAGAAGAAACUCGAAGAAAAACUUGAAUUCUUUGUGCACUGGGACCAAUUCAACAAGCGCCUGGACGAGUGGGUCUCUGGGGACCGCGUGGUACUUAGCCGUGACCUCGAGUGGCCUCGUCCCAAAGCUCCCGCUACCACUAAAAAGGCCGGCACUCCGAAAGCACCUGCAAAAGUUCCAGCCAAGGUUCCUCGGUCGAAGAGCUUGCUAAAGAAAGCCACAACCAAUGCAGCACUUACUCCUAUCGACAAUGCCCCUUCUCCUUCCCCGUCUUUGCUUCCUUCUCUCAAGCGGAAAGUACCUCACGAUGAACAAGAAUUGCGCGACGAAGAAAUGGAGGAUUUGGAUGCAGAUGCCGACGCCGAUGCUGACGCCGAUGCAGAUGGUGAUGCAGAUGGUGACAUGGAUGUAGAUGGUGAAGGCGACUCAGAAACAUUCGAACUCAGCAUCACGGACGUUCUCCCCGAAUCUUCUGAGCCUCCGCCUGUUUCGGCCUUUAGCAAGGACCAGGAGAUCGAGAAACUGAGGACGUCUGGCUCCAUGACACAGUCGAUAUCCGAAAUCACUCGCGUAAAGAAUCUGAACCGAAUUCAAAUAGGAAAACAUGAAGUCGAAACUUGGUAUUUUAGUCCGUACCCAAAGGAAUAUGCCCACCUCCCCAUCCUGUACAUAUGCGAAUUCUGCUUGUCGUUCUUUCCUUCCGCGAUGAUGUUUUCUCGCCAUCGACAACGAUGUACUAUGUUGCACCCUCCUGGAAAUGAAAUAUAUCGACACGAGGAUUUGUCGUUCUUUGAAAUCGAUGGGAAACGCCAAUUGACGUGGUGCAGAAACUUGAGCUUGUUAUCCAAGUGUUUUCUUGACCAUAAAACGUUGUACUACGAUGUGACGCCUUUCUUAUAUUAUGUCCUGGUUCAACGAGAUUCAGCCGGGUGUCACAUCAUUGGAUAUUUCUCCAAAGAGAAAGAGUCUGCGGAAAACUACAAUGUCGCUUGCAUUAUGACCCUUCCUCAACAUCAGCGUCAUGGCUACGGAAAGCUCCUAAUCGAAUUCUCCUAUGAGCUUAGUAGAAAGGAGGGCAAGCUGGGCAGUCCAGAAAAGCCACUCAGUGAUCUGGGUUUGUUGGGAUAUCGGGCGUACUGGAGUGAAAUUAUCGUGGAUCUUUUGCUAGAGUCCGAAGGGGAGAUUAGCAUCGACGAAAUAGCACAGAAGACAUCUAUCACGCACAGCGAUGUCAUGAACACGUGUUCUACAUUGCAGUUAUUCAAACAUUACAAGGGUCAGCAUCUUAUCGUUCUCAAUAACGCAGUGCUGGAGCGUCAUGAGAAGAUAAGGAAGAAGAAUCGACGCCGGAUUCAUUCCGAGAACUUAAGGUGGAAACCUCCUGUAUUUACCAGGGACCAGUUGAGAUUUGGAUGGUAG